CGUGAAACUGACACGGAUUUCGCUACAAUGCAAGUUAAUGACAGUCAUAUUUUUCUGGCGAGAUCUUCACCACAAAGUGAUUAUGAACAUUCACUGAGUGAAUAUUUAUAAAAUAAAACAUAUAUUUCUCGCUAGAAAUGUGAAAUCCAUCCAAAAUCCAUUUUUAUGCAGAAACAAAGUCAAAAUAUAAUUUUUUUCACUAAAAAUGAGAGAACUGUCCGCCAUGUUUUUUGUUCUGACCGCCGGAACCUUGAAAGUCACGUGACUUGGAACAAACCAAUAGCCACGGGAUAUGACUGUCAUUAACUUGCAUUGUAGCGAAAUCCGUGUCAGUUUCACGGAAAUUUGAGCGAUUCCGUGGCUAUUCCACGGAUUUUGAGUUAAGCGAAAUCUGUGGCUAUUUCACGGAUUCCUGUGAGACCAGACAGUAGCUAGUAUAGGUAAAAAGUGCAAUGUGCAGAUAUGCAAGAAGCAGACUUAUGAAGAUGAGCUAUUUGAGGGCUACUUUCUAUUAGUUAAAUAAAACCAAAUGUAUUAUUCUCAUUUUAAACGUUUCCAUUGAGCUAUUGAGCUAACGCUUCGUUCACAACCUUUGUCUUUUUUUUAAAUUGAACAUGGCAACAGUCUUCUGUAUGCCUCCUAGUUUUUAGCUUCUCUUUGUGACUAUGAUGCUUUUACCGUGUCUAAAAUAUUUUUUUAUGAAGAUGAAACUCUUAAGCACAGUGUCAGUGCUUAUCAACAGUCCAGAGUGUCUUAUUGCAGUGAGUUCAGCGUGGACUGUUACAUUUUGUCCCGUUCUGUGGGAGCCAACAGUGCAGAUGGAGUGUGAGAACAGCACUUGAAGCCUACAAAGACAAACUGAAAGGAACAACUAGUGCCAAUAGAAACGUAGGUGGUUAUUAGUGUGAGCAUGACUGUCUCACACAGUAAAUUAGCACCGUGGUGUAUGAGGACAUUUUUGCAGAUGUUGCAACUGCAAUGAUCAGGACUACUUUAUGGCAAUAUUUAGAUUUUUCUUUUCGAUGAUUGUAGUACCUGUCUGUCAGGUAUUUAAUUUACUUGAUGAAUACAUAACAGUAGGGCUGGGCGAUAUGGCCCUAAAAUAAUAUCACGAUAUUUCAGGCUAUUUUUGCAAUAACGAUAUUCUUGACGAUAUUACAAAAUACUUAAAAAGAUAUAGAAAAUAUGAUUUUUUUUUAGUCUGAAUAAAUGAAUAAAAAUCUAAAAUGUAGUGUGAAGUGCAAAUCUCAACAGUUGCCAAAUAAAAAUAAUUUACUCUUGACUCUUGAGUAUGAGCAAAUAAUAAAAAAUAACCAUUUAAGGGUUCCGGGGGCAUAUUUUAAUGACAUUUUGUAAAGGAGAAUAAAGGUUCUUGUAUGUUUUAUUUAAGGCAUCUUAUUUUGACAGUCUUCUACACACUGUGCUCUUAUUUUGAAAGCUGCAUGUGUUUAGGGACAGAGACUAAGUAGGUUUUUGUGAUUAAAACAACUUUAACCACUACAUCAAGAAGUAGGAAUGUUGCCAAUAUCAUGAUAUGCAUUUUUUUUAACCAUAAAUAAAAAAAAUACCGAUAUUAUGGUGAACGAUACGAUAUGGCACACCCCUACAUAACAGCCUUUCUUGUCCAGUUACUUUAUCCAUAAAAAAAUGAUAUUUUCAGAAAAUGCACUAUGCCACAAUAUAUAAAUAUUGCAAUAAAGUAACACAGUCUGUGAUAUAUCCUAAUUUGAUUUAAAUGUAACUGUCAGAGUUUGACUGUAAGCAGUACGAUCCAAACAUUAUUAUGUGAGUGUUUCUCUUUAAUGCUUUUCAAAGCUUACAUUUACAUUAGUGCUACUGCCAUUAAUACACUUAGUCUCUGUUAUUUUUCCAGCCAGUCUUGUCCGCUAAUGGCUGCACAUUGCAAAUGGUAGUAAAACAAAAAGCAGCAGCAGAGCAGCUGGUGACUGGUGGAGCAGCCAUGUUGUGGAAAAAGGCAACAAAUCAGUUUUGGUCCUUUUGUUCUCAUGGUUCAGGGAUUUUUUGAUUAAAUGUCAAUGUGACCUCUAUUGAGUUUUCUGAGGUUCAGUGACGGGUUAUGUGAUGCCACUGUGACCUCUCUGUUAGGACAAAGGCUCAAGUUGUUUUUGGAUGACACUUUUCACAUGUGUGUGUGAAAAGGCUGAUAGGUUGGUGCAUGCUCUGUGUGUGACUGCUAACUUUCUCCGUCCCUUUGCAUGAUGUGUGUGGUGUGUGCCCUAACCCCUGAGCAGGACAGCACUGAUGCAUUUGGAGACAGCUGGAGAGGGCCCUACCAACCAGACACUGCAGAUGGACAAACUACCUCACCGCAGCCCCCACCAUUUACAUUACCCAGAACCUUAGACCAAAUGUCCUCAUCCACCUCCCCGUCCCAAAGCCCUUCUUCUGGUCAGCCCCAGACCCUGGACCGCUCCCAGUCUGCCCCGGCCUCCAUGGAGCUGGCCUCAGCACCAGGGCCCUGCCAGGACCCACCUGGCCUCCAGGAGGAGCUUCUGCCUACAUCCUCAGAAGAAGAUGCUGGUUCUACACCUCAUCACAUCCACCCGCCCCCUCUGCCCGUCCCGAGCGACUCCAAAGUGCCCCCUGCACCACCCAGUCCCUCCACAGACCUCCUCCGCUCAUGUUCCCCUCCUGCGGACAUGACUACAGAGCCCCAGUAUCCUGAGGAGGACCAGGUCCAGGCGGACCCUGCAGAGGAGGAAGCUGAACCAGAUGAGGUGAUGAACAGCCCCCCCACGCUCCCCCAUCCAGAGGAACUGUCCCCCAUUCAACCCAUGGAGCAGGAGGCAGCUGAGUCCGACCCCGAUGCAGCCUGUCCCAGCGCUCCUGGCCAGUCGGACUCGGUUGAGAUGGAGUCCCCCACGGCCUCCCAGGGCCUGGUCUCCUCUGAGAGGGACCAGCCCGAGGGGGAGCACUGCUCCAGCUCCGACAGCAUCCCGUCGCUGGCGGCCGCUCUGAUGGAGCUCCACGAGCUGCUGGUCUCCAACAACCGGGCCCAGUCCCAGAACCGCAGCACCUCCUGCUCCCCCUCUCACCCCUUCAGACAGGAAACAGAAGAAGCGGGUCCCGAGCCCCAAGACUCCCCCUCUACUGCCAUCACAGCCGGUGCAGAACCAAGCGAUGCCAAAGCCAACCAUGCUGCUGCUGUGUCUGAUGAGGGACCAUCUACGUGUCUUGUGCCUGAUGAGCAUCUGGGCGGGGAUGCAGCAGAGACCGAGGGGGGACACGGACCCCCACAGUGUCCAGGUGGCUCCGCGGAGCAAAGGGGGGCAGAGAGGUGUGGGCAAGACCAAGCUAAUGACAUCAGCAGUUGUCAGCCUGAGCCAGAGGUUCCUCCUGAUCCUGCUGGGGAUCUGGAGGUCAGGGAGCCUCCGGAGGGGCAGCAGGGGAGGGGGGUCGCAGACGGACGGGCCUCUGGCACCAACACCCCGGACACUCUGGGCCUCCAGACUGAGCACACCUUCCUCAGCCCGCUGUCUAUGGCGGUGGGCUCACCUGAGGAGGUCUCCAGCACCUCCUCCCCCUCUCCUCCUCCUCCUCCUGCUCAGGCUCCCCACCUCACAUCUCCGGCCCCUCUCCUCCCUUCUCCGCAUCCCUUUAUAGAACAAUUUCCAGCUGAGCACAUCCAGAGAAUCCAGGCAGCAGGGUUUUCUGCCCGGGAGGCUGCCGAGGCUCUGGAACAAGCCCACGGGGUGGUGGAGCUAGCUCUGCUAGCGCUACUAGCACGCAGCAUCACUGUGCCCACCUAGACUGAUAAUAACGAGUCACACGAGUCCCCAGCCUCCCGACUCGGCAUCUGUGGUAUUUCUAACUCGUUACUGCUCCAGAUGUCUCAAGUCCCUUCUUAGCAGGGAGCACGUAUGAAAACAGGGAAAUGCUGUCUCUUGGUUUGUCGUCCAGAGUCUCCAAGAACAAACCGGACAACUGGUAAAACUUUUCUGGAUGUUGCAGAUAUGUGAGGUGUGUUUGCAUGCAGAUGUUUUGGGUGGCCACCCGUUCAUUGGUUUUUAGAAAUUUGGUAUCGGUUGAUUUUCUUCUUCUUUCGUUGUCCAAUGUUGACACAUAUUAAAUGCCCAAUGUAUGAUUGAUUCUUUAACCAUUAAACGUUACUUUAAUUUCCCUUUUGAUAUGUCAUAAAACUAUUAAGUUGUUAAGCAUCAAUAAAAAUGGAGAGAAAAAAAUCUCAACCUGGAGUAGCUUUACUCCUCCUUCUCCCGUGUCUGGUGAGUUUUAGAUCAUUCAGCACAAAUAUGGAUAUUUAAAGUAAUUUGCUGAUAAAUAAAAAACACCAUAUUUUUUGUUUAUAGCUAAUUCAAUUUACAGAUCAGAACCCAGUGAUGGAGAAGCUAAAUUGUGAGAACUGCUGCAGUUUAGGAGGGUUGAUCGUUGAUCAAGUUUACAACUAAGUUCUCCAGAUGCGUGGACGCCCACGACCAUUAUCACCGUGACAUAUCAAGUGAGCCACAAGUGCGUUUGUUGACGUAUGAUCAUAGAUGGCAUUUAUCAAUUCAGUAUGUGUAUUACAGAAGGUAUCUUGUACUGUAUGUAUUAUUUUCCACAGUUUGAAAGCUUUGCCAUGUGUAGAUUACAAAAAUGUUUGUAGCUUCUGUUCAUAAACCCAUUUUAUUUUGUGUCAAAUCAUCAUAGUGUGUGUUCAUACCUUUAAAAACACCCAUUUUCAUUUGUUAUCUGUUAGAAGAAUAUUGCCAUGUCAGUACAUCAUAUAUCAAGGAUUUUAAUGGCUUUACUUGAGUCACAUACCAACAAUGUUCAGGCAGAUUGAAUUAUCUACUUUUAUCUUGUAUGAAAUUUUAAAUUGCAAAUAAAAUGGAACAAGUAUUUGUACACUGUGAA